ACAUCGACCUCCAUCACUUCCCUCGGGCCCCCUCAUACUUCCCGCCUUCUCGCAUUUCAUUGACCACUAUCUGAAGUCAAAAUGGCCGAGGAAUUGCUUGAUCCUACCUUGCAGAACAUCCUCGAUCAGAAGUCGCUCAAGUGGAUCUUUUGCGGCGGAAAGGGUGGUGUCGGAAAGACCACGACCUCAUGUUCCCUCGCCAUUCAGUUGGCCAGUUGCCGUGAAUCCGUCCUGUUGAUCUCCACGGAUCCCGCCCACAACCUGUCCGAUGCUUUUGGUCAAAAAUUCUCGAAGGAGGCGACGAAGGUCAACGGCUUCGACAACCUCUUCGCGAUGGAGAUCGACCCCACGAGUGCUAUCCAGGAGAUGGUGGAGCAGUCGGAUUCCAAUGGCAUGAUGGGCAGCAUGAUGCAAGACCUCGCGUUCGCGAUCCCGGGUGUGGACGAGGCCAUGAGCUUUGCUGAGAUCAUGAAGCACGUAAAGUCCAUGGAGUACUCGGUCAUUGUCUUCGAUACAGCGCCGACAGGGCACACCCUGCGUUUCCUUUCCUUCCCCACCGUGCUCGAGAAGGCUCUUGGAAAGCUCAGCACACUGAGCGGACGUAUUGGGCCCAUGAUCAGCCAGAUGACGAGUCUCAUGGGCGGUCAGGCCGAUGCGCCCGAAGAUAUGUUCGCCAAGCUGGAGUCCAUGCGUGCUAUCAUUACGGAGGUGAACACACAGUUCAAGGAUCCUGAGAAGACGACCUUUGUCUGUGUCUGUAUCUCCGAGUUUUUGUCACUUUACGAGACAGAGCGUCUAGUACAAGAACUCACCGCGUACGAAAUCGACACCCACAAUAUUGUUGUCAACCAACUGCUCUUCCCCAAGAAGGACUCGAAUUGCGAGCACUGUCAAGUACGGCACAAGAUGCAGCAGAAAUAUCUCAGGGAGGCGCAUGAGCUCUACGAUGAGUUCUUCCACAUCGUCCAGCUCCCUCUGCUCACGGAGGAGGUUCGUGGGCCGGAGAAGCUCAAGCAAUUCAGUAGGAUGCUUGUCGAACCAUACGCUCCCCCACAGUGAACUAGAUGAUAUGGGUUUGCUUUAUUCAGGACAUUGUAAUAUUAUGACAGGCUGCAUCGGAAUCUAC